AUGGGUCAACGAAUGACACGUCGACAAGUUGAUGAAGGUCUUGAAUUAUAUGCACAAAAAAAUUAUGAUGCUGCCAUUAAAAAAUGGACAACAGCAUUACCUAAAAUGAAAGAUAAUCGUUUACGUUUUUCUACACUUGGUCAUUUAGCAUCAGCAUCACGUGAUCGUGGUCGAAAUAAAGAUUAUCUUGUUCAUGCUGUACAACAAAUUGAUAUAGCUCAUGAACUUGAUGAUAAUGUACUUCGUGCUCAAGCUUAUUUAAAUUUAUCACGUGCUAAUGAAAUGCUUGCUGAUUAUUUUAAAGCUGUAAGCUAUUCACGUUUAGCUAUACAAUAUUCACAAACAACGGAUUCUAUACAAGGUUAUGCUUUACUUGUUAUGGCUGAUUCCUAUAUAGGUUUAUGUAAUUUUCCAAAAGUACUUGAAUGUCUUGAUAAAUCGUUAUAUAUUUCACAUGAAAGUGAAGAUCAUUUAAUGGAAAUUCAAGUACUUAACACAAUGGGAAAAGUAUUUCUUGCAUUAAAAGAUUUUCCGAAAGCACUUGCAUUUCAACGUCGUGCACAUGAAUUAGCUUUAUCUAAUGCUGUCUAUGCCGGUGAACAAAAUGCUAAUAUUAGUGCAAAAUUUGUACGUUUAACAAAAUUAAAAUUAGCAACACCAUUAAGAUUAAUGGGUGAUCUUCAAGGUGCAACUAAAUGUGUUGAGGAAGCAAUGCGUUCAGCAUCUAGUCUUGGCGAUCGACCUGUUCAAGCGAAGUGUCUCGUAUGUCUUGGAGAUAUUCAACGUUCUCAAAAUAAUAAUGAGGUCGCUUGUAAAAAAUAUGAAGCAGCCAUUCAAAUGUUACAAGAUAUGAACGAUCGAUAUAGUUCUACGCUUGCCAUGCUUGGUCUUGUUAAGACUUUAUUGGCACCCGAUACACAUACACAAAUGGCAUCUGAAAUUCUUGCAACAGCAUUAUCAACUGCAACAUCAAUGGGAAAUAAAUUAAUGCAAGCUCGAUGUCAUCUAUUAAAUGAACGUAUACUUACUUCUGACAAUCAAUUAGAAGACGCACGACAGGCAUUUGAAAUAGCACAACGUCUUUAUCGAGAAAUUGAUCUUAUAUGUACCAUUUGUAAAGAACCUAUGGGUAUGUAUCCAGAUCAAAUACAAAUUUUAACAUGUACACAUAUUUUUCAUGAAAGAUGUAUUUUAAAUUUAUUACAAAGAUGGACAUAUGAAGCACAAUCAUGUCCUAAAUGUAAUAAAAGUGUUUUACAUAGUAGAAGUUAUAUUGCACUAUCUUUGUUCUGA